AUGGUUGCCGAAAAAAUUAGCUGGGACUCCAUCCAAGGCAAGGAACACCCGGUGCUCUCGCCGGGCUUUGUGAGCAACGGCCACGUGUUUACGUCGGGCAUCAUUGGCUCAAACUACGCCACCGGCGAAACCCCAGAAAAGGUCGAGGACCAGGUCCAUCUGGCCAUCAAGAACCUCGAGAACGUGCUCAAGGCUGCCGGCUCCUCUCUCGACAAGGUGUUCAAGGUGACCAUGUUCAUCUCCCACGCAGAGUACUCCAAGGUCGUCAACGAGAUCUACGGCCAAUACUUCCCGCAAAAACCGGCCAGAAGCUGUGUCGUGGUUGCAUUUAUGGAUGCUGCUAUUAAAUACGAGCUGGAGGCUUACCAUAAACGUCCAGAUGCUGGCCACCGCGAGAAUGGCAGCACCGCCAAACCCGGCCGUGAUUCCCAGGGCAGGCACGUAUUUCGGCGCGUCCUUCGCGCGGAAGAUGUUGGUCGAGAUGAGCCCCGCAGCGUUCGCCAACGGCACGCCGACGGCAGAAAUCACCACUCGUCUGUUCUCGUUCGGCGUGUUGUUGUUGUACCACGUGGAGGUGAGCACCGACGACGCCGACGAGCCGGUCGUCAUCAGGAAACACGAGAAGUACGCCACGCCGAUGUGUGCCUGCGUGUCGAUGCAGCCAAACACGACGAACCCGAUCAGCGUGGAGGCCACGGCCAAGACAAUGAAAACGGACCGCACGCGCAGCAGGUCCGACGCGAAGCACCAAAAAAUCAGCGCCACGGCCCCCCACACGUUGGGCGCGACCGUGUACAGGUUGGUCAUGACGGUGCCCUUGCCGAGCGACUCGAUGAUCUGCGGAAACCAGUUGUUGAUGGAGUUGAGCGGCACUCCUAUGAAGAUCUCCUCGAACAUCCACGCAAUGGCGACGGGGUGUCUGAACACCUUUAUGGCGUCCACGAGCGACACUUUCUCGGUGGACAGCGAGGACGAGUCCGUGCGGAUCCGCCAGACGGCACACUCGCGUUCUUCCUCGGUGAGAAAGGCCGCUUUUUCGACCGUCCGCGGCAGGUAGAAGAACGCAAACACCGCCACAAUCACGGUAGCUCCGCCCUCGACCAGGAACAGAAUCUGCCACCCGUGGAGUCUGUCUGUUUUGAUCUGGAACAGGCCGAACGCCAGCAGCCCGGAGAACGCGUUGGCGAUGUUGGCCGCGGCGUAGAAAAUCGACAGCCGUCUGGCCAGCUCGCCACGGCGGUAGAACGUACUCAGGUAAUAGAUGAUGCCGGGAAAAAACGCCGACUCGCACACCCCGAGAAACCAUCUCGCCGCCAUGAGCGAGCCGUAGUUGAACACCGACACGGCGAGCAGCGUGAUGCUGCCAAACGUGAACAUCAGGCACGGGAUCACGUUGGCGGCGUUGUAGCGUUUGAUCAGCAGUGA